UAAGUGAAAAAGAUUUGAAUCUUUCUAAAAUAUAUUCACACCUUGAUUUAUGCCUAAUCUGGCAUAAAGUUCAUUUAACUAUGGAUAUGGGCAUGAUAGACAUCGCUAAUUAUACUGUUGAGACUUAAAAACUGUUCUUUGAUUAUAAAUAAUAUUGAGCACGUGGCAUGACACAUGGUGUGAAUAUAGAAAUCAGCUGUUCACAAGACAUUUGUUAAAAAGUAUUUUUAUAAACUUAUGAAAUUGCCUUUUUAUGAUAUUUAAAAGGUUCAUAGCAACGAUAUAAGUUAAUCAUUUCAUAAUGGAUGGUGAAAGUAAAGCCUUAAUAUCUGACUGCUUUUUAAGAACUCUGCCUACGGAUAUACAUGCAACAAAUGCUAAAAAGGAAGUUCCAGAACCAAAAAAUGCUCCUCAUAAAACUGAGAUGCAGCUGCUGUCACUACGAGAAGAGACACAAAACAUGAUAGAAUCGACAUUAAAGUACAUACAUGGCGAUAAUUUUGAAUUUUCUAAGUUGGAUGAUUAUGAGCAUAAAAACAGCAAGAUCAAAGGAUCAUAUUGGAGGGAGAAAGGCGAACUAGUCAUUAAAGGAGGAUCAGAUUACAGUGGAUUAGUAUCGGAAGGAAGAGAAGGAAAAAUGAAAAUGUAUGCUUUAAUUAAACUAGAAUCUUAUGGAUUUGAAGUACGCCAUUCUCUCGAAGUGCUUAACAUGUUUGAGGAUAAUGUAGACGACAGCAUCAACUUUUUAUAUGAAAAGUAUUUUCCAACUAAGCGAAAAGCGAACGAUAAUAAUGCACAACUAGAUGAGCUUUCAACAGAAGAACGUUAUGAGCAAAUGAAUGAUGAAUUGGAAUCACUAAAAUCAAUUUUUCAUGAUGAGAUCCAGGAAAUCGAAAAGCAUUCAAUUUGGCAGUUUCAAUUACGUCUUGAUUAUCUCCUUAAAUUCUCACCAUCAGAAGAAAAGAAGGCUGAAUUAAAAAAGAAACUUGAAAUGGAAGCACAAUUUCAGGAACUUCAACGACUAAAACUAAAUAAAAAGAAAAAUAAGGUCGAAAAGUGUAGAAAUGUAUUGGAGAAAGGAAAAUGCAAGUAUGGCAUGAAAUGUAAAUUUUCUCAUGACAUUAAUCGAGACGAUGAUGACAAUACAGAUGGACCGAAUUCUUCUAAACAAUUUAAUAAAAAGACUGACACUACUCAAGAAGAUCGUAAGACGUGGAUAUUGGAAAUAAGAUUUCCAAAGUGGUGUCAUUAUCCAAGUCAACCGCCUAUAAUUUUAUUAAGGAAUAAAAUAGGAGAUAUACCAAAAUCUAUAUGCCUAAGGAUAAAUCAACGUUUGAUAGAUGAAUCUAGAGAAUUGGCAAAAGAUCAAAUUCCAUCAGUUUAUUCUGUAGUGGACUUGCUUAAAAAUGAGGAUGAUAUUCUAAAUUUCCUUAAAAAGGCUGAAUCGUUCUACACGUAUCCACCAUGUGAUAUCUCAAUAUUCGAUUAUGACCCAGACAAUUUGAAUGGAAUUAUAAAUGAAAGUGAUGAAGAAGACUUGCCUACACAUUAUGAAAUGGGAAAGGUUGAUAAAUUUGAUAAGCAGGCAUUAAGUGAUGCUGAGAUAUUAAGAGAAAAUGUAAAGCUGGUUAAGAGAUUUAAUGAAAAACUUGACACGCCAGCUUACAAGAAAAUGCUUGGAGGUAGAAAGAAUCUCCCAACUUGGCCAAUGAGAAAUGAAAUUCUAAAAGUCAUUAAAGAAAAUCAAGUGUGCAUUAUAUCUGGUGAGACAGGUUCUGGAAAAUCAACACAGACUCCCCAAUUUAUUUUAGAUGAUUGGCUUGAAAAGUCAACCAACAGCAAUAAACCCGAAAAUGUUGAGAUAAUUGUUACUCAACCGAGAAGAAUUGCUACAAUUGGAGUAGCUGAAAGAAUAAGCGACGAACGUUGUGAAAAAAUUGGAAGUAUUGUCGGUUAUCAAAUUCGAUUAGAGAAUAAGAUUUCAGCAUCUACACGUUUGACAUUUUGCACGACUGGAAUAUUACUGCGAAGGCUUUAUUCUGAUCCCUUAUUGAGUUCGAUUAAUUAUGUAAUAAUUGACGAAGUCCAUGAACGGUCUGAAGAGUCGGACUUUCUUUUAUUAAUUCUAAAAGGAUUAUUAGAGAAGAGAAAAGAUUUAAAAAUAAUUUUGAUGUCUGCGACAUUAAAUGCUAAACUAUUUUCUGAUUAUUUCAAUGGUGCACCAGUUAUUAACAUUAAAGGACGUACUUUUCCUGUAAGGCAAAUUUACCUCGAAGACAUCCUUGAAAGUACUCAAUUUGUACUAGAAGCUGAUUCUCAAUAUUGCAAGAAAUUGUCAAAGAGAGAUGAGGAAGCUUUAAUGCAGGAAUUAGAGUAUAUGGAUAUACAGGCUAAUAUGAAUCCACCGCCUCGUUCAAUUCGUGAUGAGAAUCUCUCAUUAUCUGAUUUACUAGCUAGAUAUCAGGGAUAUUCAAAAACAGCAUGCAAAAGUCUUUUCAUAAUGGACCAUUUUAAAAUUAAUCCUGAAUUAAUUGAGGCAAUUCUGGAUUACAUUAUUGAAUGUGAUGAAAAGGAUUGGCCACAAGAAGGAAGUAUUUUAGUAUUUUUGCCUGGUUUAGGAGAAAUUCAGUCUGUAUAUGAUGCAUUAAUGGAUAGCAAAAAUUUUGGACCAAGAACUGAUAAAUUCAUUAUCAUCCCAUUACAUUCAUCACUGUCAUCUGAGGAUCAAAGCAUGAUAUUCAGAAAGUUUAAUAGAAAGAGGAAAAUUAUUUUGAGUACGAAUAUUGCUGAAACUUCAGUUACAAUUGAUGACGUAGUUUUCGUAAUCGAUUGUGGUCAGCAUAAAGAAAAACAUUUUGACAAUAAUCGAAAUAUGGAGUCACUCGAUACUUCAUGGAUAUCUCGGGCGAAUUGUUCUCAAAGAAGAGGACGUGCUGGAAGAGUUAUGGCUGGAGUUUGCUUUCAUAUUUUCACAAAACAUCGACAUGAUAAUCAUUUACUUGCUCAGCCAAUACCUGAAAUUCAUAGGAUACCUCUUGAGCAAUUGCUGUUAAGAAUAAAAAUGUUAAAUAAUUUUCACGGCAGGAAAAUUCAUGAAGUGCUAUCAAAAUGUAUAGAACCACCGACUAUGGAGAGUGUUGAGGCAGCAAUCAAAAGAUUACAGAACCUUGGGGCUUUUGAAAAAGAAAAUUUGACGCCUCUAGGCUCUCAUUUAGCACUUCUUCCAGUUGAUGUCAGAAUAGGAAAAUUGAUGUUGUUCGGUGCCAUAUUUCAAUGCUUGGAUAGUGUACUUACAAUUUGUGCAUGCUUAAGUCAUAAAUCACCUUUCGUUUCACCAUUUACUAAACGACAAGAAGCAAAUGCACGAAAAAGACAGUUCUCAAUUGCUAAUAGUGAUCAUUUGACAGUCUUGAAUGCCUACAAAAAAUGGAGAGAGGCUUAUAAGAAAAGUCGUUAUGCUGGACAAGUUUAUGCUGAAGAGAAUUUUCUUUCAAUUAAAACAUUGGAAACAAUUGGCGAAAUGAAAUAUCAAUUUUUAGAACUGCUUAUUUCUAUUGGCUUUGUUCCUGUUGAUUUGCCAAAAAAGCAGAGAGGAAGAGUAUUUGAUGACAAUGUUUUUGACAUAACUGGAAAGAUUCUUAAUGCCAACUCGGAAAACUCUCGUUUAAUUAGUGGAAUUCUUUGUGCUUCUUUAUAUCCUAAUAUCAUUAAGAUUUUGACUCCAGAGAAGAAUUAUGUGGCUACAUUAUCUGGUGCCAUGCCAAGAUCAUUUCAGGCAUCUGAAUUGAAAUUUAAAACUAAAGAGGAUGGAUAUGUCGCUUUACAUCCUUCAAGUGUUAAUGCAUCAGUUGGUGUGUUUCAAUCUCCAUUUCUUAUUUAUCAGGAAAAAGUAAAGACAUCACGUGUUUUUAUCCGAGACUGUACUAUGGUUCAAAUGAUUCCAUUAAUUCUGUUCUCUGGAUCCGACAUUAGAAUUGAGCUUCAUAAUGGAGAAUUUAUGUUCUUGCUUGAAGACGGUUGGCUUAUAAUACAGGCAAGCUGCUUGAAAACUGCUGAAUGUAUGAAGCAUAUGCGUAAGGAAUUGAUGAAUAUUUUAAACGAGAAAAUUAAGGAUCCACUGUUAAAUUUAUGGAAUCAUGAUCAAGGAAAGAGAGUCAUCGGUACUAUUAUACAUUUAUUAACGAAAGAAUGAUUGCUGUUAUCAUGCUUGUAUGUAGUUUUUGUCAUAUGAUACCCUGAACUUGUGUCUUAUGACACAAUAAGGAAAUAAAUAUUUUGUUUUACUAAAAACAAACGUUAA